AUGUGUGUACAUUGUUUGUACGUGUUGACUUGUGUCGUGGCUACUACUGUAUAUGUACAGAGUUUGUACGUGUUGACUGGUGUCGUAGCUACUACUGUAUGUGUACAGUGUUUGUACGUCCAGGAUUGCCGAAAAGGAUGGCAGUAUUUUGGGGAAUCGUGCUACGGUUUUGGCGCGUCUCGCACAGUCUGGGGAGCUGCUCAAGCGAUAUGUAAAGUCUACAACGGCAAACUGGCAGAGAUUGAAACUUUUGAAGAAAAUGAAUUCCUCAAGAAUCUGGCUAAGUCAAAACAAGCUGACCGUGUAUUCUUGGGAGGGACAGACAUAUUCGGUGAAGGCAACUGGGAGUGGUCCAGCAGCGGGAAACACAUCUUUCCGUUCGUCGACUGGGUGCCCGGUGAGCCUAAUGACAGUUCAGGACAAGAUUGUUUGAUAUUGGACAGACAAAACGAAUACAGCUGGGAUGAUUACUCCUGUAACAUGGCAGUCUAUUUUAUCUGUGAAGCCAAGUCGACAGAAAUCGUUGGUUAG